UGGAGUUGGGAGUUCUGCGGUCGCUCCCUCCCUCUCUCCGCCCUUCCCUCCCUCUUCUUCGGCGCGCGGUGACCCCUCCCCUCAUGUCAUGGCUUCCUCUGAUGUGGCCCGGCAGAUGCGCUAUCAACCUGAUAUCGUAAUGAGAGCACCAUCUAAUGCACCAGUAGAUAAUCAAGAUGCAAAGAGACAGAAUUGUCGACCUUUACCCUUAUCUGGUCAUGUUGGUUUUGAUAGUUUACCUGAUCAGUUGGUUAACAAGUCUAUCCAUCAGGGGUUCUGCUUCAAUAUUCUCUGUAUUGGGGAGACGGGAAUUGGAAAGUCAACUUUGAUUGAUAGCUUAUUUAAUACCAGUUUUGAUGACCGUAUGUCAACACACUUUCAGCCGAAUGUAAGACUGAAAGCUGACACAUAUGAACUCCAGGAAAGCAAUGUUCAGUUGAAGCUGACGAUUGUAAAUACUGUUGGAUUUGGUGACCAGAUAAACAAAGAUGAUAGCUAUCAACCAGUAGUGGAUUACAUUGAUGCACAAUUUGAGGCCUACCUCCAGGAAGAGCUGAAAAUUAAACGCUCUUUAUAUAAUUACCAUGACACUCGCAUCCAUGUGUGCCUGUACUUUAUUUCACCCACAGGGCAUUCCCUUAAAACCCUUGAUUUAUUAACCAUGAAAAAUCUGGAUAGCAAGGUGAAUAUUAUUCCAGUUAUAGCCAAAGCAGAUACAAUUUCUAAAUCUGAACUACAGAAGUUUAAGAUCAAAAUCAUGAGUGAGCUGGUCAGUAACGGAGUCCAGAUAUAUCAGUUUCCCACAGAUGAUGAGAGCAUUGCUAAAAUUAAUGCCACCAUGAAUGGACAUUUGCCAUUUGCUGUAGUGGGGAGCAUGGAAGAAGUAAAAAUUGGAAACAAAGCCGUCAAAGCUCGCCAGUAUCCUUGGGGCAUUGUGCAAGUGGAGAACGAGAACCACUGUGAUUUUGUGAAACUCCGGGAAAUGCUGAUUUGUACAAAUAUGGAAGAUCUAAGAGAACAGACUCACAUGCGCCACUACGAACUGUACCGCCGCUGCAAAUUGGAAGAGAUGGGUUUCCGAGACACAGGUCCAGAAAACAAACCUGUCAGUCUACAGGCAACGUAUGAAGCUAAGCGGCAUGAAUUCCUUGGUGAAUUACAGCAGAAAGAAGAAGAGAUGAGGCAAAUGUUUGUGCAAAGGGUCAAAGAGAAAGAAGCACUGCUGAAAGAAGCGGAGCGAGAACUACAAGUGAAGUUUGAACACUUGAAACAUCUUCAUCAAGAAGAGAGGAUGAAAGUGGAGGAGAAAAGAAAGAUUCUGGAAGCUGAAAUGCUUGCAUUCAAUAAAAGAAAGGCUGCCUCAGACAUUCUUCAAGGGAGGAUGCUGCCCCCUACACCCACUGUGGGUUUAAAAAAAGAUAAGGAUCGGAAGAAGGAUCCAGGUUUUCGGCUUGAGCUCCUGUGCUUUGAUGUCAGAGAUCAGGAAGUUGUGAAUAUACAGGAAGAGAGAGAGAGAGAGAAGUUAGAAAGGGACAGAAUGACUAACAGGAAAUGACAGCAAUAGUAUUUGGAAGCAGUUAACAAAUGUUAUGUGGUUAGGGUAUGUUAGUUUUCAUGGAAAGUCAUAGAAAAUAGAUCCAUAUGUUCACAAUGUCUUUCAUUCUUGCAGGGUGUUUAGGAUUAAAGAAACUCACAAUUGCCUUUGUGGAUUUCUAGACAUCACAAAAGAUAUUACAGAAUUAUAAAAAACUAAAAUGUGUAUUGUGAAAUGGGAUCUGGCAGCUGCUGCACUCUGUGGGAUUACUAUAAGAUAUAAUUGCAUAUUAAAUUUAACACUGCAAAUCUGUCCUAAAAUUCUGACAAUAGUUUUGGGGAAGAGCAAUCCUGAGUGGGGUUCUGGGUGCCAGGGAAGGAACUAUGAGUCAUGCUGGCCACCAGAUGGUAUUCCUUUUCUAGUUCUCCCCUGGCAUAGUGGAGUUUUUAAAGUUUUCUCUCCCAUUAAUCCAACAGAGUUACUUUCCCUACUCUAGCUUAUGACUUGGUGUAUCAGGGGGUCCCUCUCCAGGGAAUAAUGGAGCCGCUUUGGAUCCAGCAGCUACAAAGCUGGCUUUGGCCCAUCCCUGGAGUGUCUGUGACCCACCAGCAGAAUCCCACGGCCCACUAGCAGAGAGGUAUCAGUGUGACACCCUAUUACCCUCCAGUCAUCCACAUCGGGGAUGUGUGGGAUGUAGGGUUGCAUGGUAAACAGUUAAACAUUUUAUCUUCUUGGUAAGCAGUAAAUUGUGCAUUUAAUUCAGCCACAAAAAGUACUAAUGACCAGUCAAUUAAAAAGGCACGUUCUGGAGUCACCUUGCUAAAGCAGAUUUGGGUCUGAUCAGUGUCUGGAUGGUACUGAACUUGCUGCCUUAAGUUCAAUGAACAUCUGAGGAGACAAGUAUAGGAUUAUGCUGUUAAAGGCAUUGUAAAAACAAAAAACUAAUCUAAUAUUAUUUGACCCUUUAUGAAUUUAAAAAAAAUGUGUAAAGUUAAACCAUGCAAGUUACAGCCAGUAGCUUUAUCCAUAUUUGGUGAUAUUGUCCUUGGUGGAAGGUCAAAGAUAACAUGUUAUAUCUCUAAUUUAAAUUAUGUGUUGCUUAUGAGUUCUGAAACGGGGGAAAACAAAGCUCUUAAAACUUUUAUGUGCUACUUGGAUGUGAUCCAGUGGAAAAAUAAGACUUCUCCUGUUAAUAACUUUUUCAAGGGAAUAUGAAAAAUAUCUGAGAUUAUCAAAUUUUAUUAGGAAAAAGGACACUAAAUGGAGAACUAUUUUUUCCCUACAUUGCUGGAAUGAAGUACUUUGGGUACUAUCCUAUGCUGCUGCUGCUGCUCCUCUGUCAGUCCUGUUGUGCUAGUGAAACUGUUAGUGCAACAGGAACUAGCGAUUCCUGAAAUAAGCAUGGAAAUGAGCAGCAGUGCUCAUUUCAGGAAUGGGGCAAGUCAGCGGAGCACCCUUAUUUCAGGAACUGCUAAUUCCUGUUGUGCUAGCAGUAUUAUAAUGUACGAUCAUUUUCUUUUCUCUAUUGUAAAUUAUAAUUUUUGUUCUGUAUUAAAAGGAAUGCAAUUUUUUAAAAGGAAGUAUAGAGCAUAAUUGAUACAGUUCUCGAUACUAACCAGCAUCUAUGAUUUUAAGAAUGUCAGAUUAAAGACUUACUCAGAUUUGAGUGGGGGAAUGGAGAGAAUUGUUUAUUAAAAUUGAUUUAAUUGUAAAGAAAAUGCACAUGACACAGCCCUUUCUGGAAUAUACCACUUUGGACUUCUGGUGGGGUUUAUUCUCCCUUCAUCUGGAAAGUUAGCAUAUCAGGGAGAAUGCUACACUAAACCAUUUCUACCUAACAUACUUGUUUUUCUUGUGCAGUUGCCUUUUGGAUGAAGGAAGUAUUGAACAUAUGAACCCUUAUGUGUAGUCUAAGAGGUACAGUCUAGGAAAGUCUGUACCAUUUAAUAUUUCUCUACAUUUAAGUCAAUUUAGGAUUUCAUUCAUUUGGUAUUUAUCAAAAUAAGCAUGGGUUUCUUAAAAAUGGAAGUUUUAAUAUUGUAAAACACAUUUGCUUUCUGGAGAGAAAGGCAAAA